AUGGCUGGGGUUCUUCCCACAACCAGAAAUGCGCGAGCAUACCAAACUGUGCACACUCGUCGUGUGCCCGUCGCCUUCGCUCCGCCCGUCGCCUUCACUUCUCCCCCGUCGCCUGCACUCCCCCCCUCCCCCCCCCUCUCCCGUUGCCUUCAUUUCCCCCUCCCGUCGCCUUCACUUCCCCCUCUCGUCGCCUUCACUUCCCCUCCCGUCGCCUUCAUUUCCCCCUCCCGUCGCCUUCACUUCGCCCUCUCGUCGCCUUCAUUUCCCCCUCCCGUCGCCCUCACUUCCCCUCCCAUCGCCUUCAUUUCCCCCUCCCGUCGCCUUCACUUUCCCCUCCCGUCGCCUUCAUUUCCCCCUCCCUUCGCCCUCACUUCCCCUCUCGUCGCCUUCCCUUCCCCCUCCCGUCGCCUUCACUUCUCCCCCCCGAUGCCUUCGAUUCCCCCUCCCGUCGCCUUCCACGCCUGCCGCACUCGCUCUCCCGCCCGUCACACUCGCUUCCCCACCCGUCACCUUCACUUCCCCUCCCAUUGCCUUUCACUCUCUCCUGUUCACUCUCUUUCCCCCUGCUCACUCUCUUUCCCCCUGCUCACUCUCUUUCCCCCUGAUCACUCGCUUCCCCCCUCCUCAAUCUCUUUCCCUCUGCUCACUCCCCUUGUUCUAACCCCACUCUCCCCAUUUCUCACCCAUUUUCCCCCUUCACGCUCUCUUACCCCCAUUGCUCGCCCCUGUUUUCCCGGCUCACUCCUAUACUCACUCUCUCCCCCCCUGCUCACUCUCUUCCCCCCCUGCUCACUCUCUUUCCCCCUUCUCUCUCUCUUUCCCCUUCACGCUCUCUUUCCCUCCCUUCCGCCCGUUGCCCCCCUUCGUCUCAUCGCCCUCCCUGCUGCUCGUCGCCUUCGCUCCCGCUCGUCCCCUCGCAAUCCCCGUCUCUCUCUCCCCCCGUCGCCCUCCCUUCCACUCCUCGUUGCCCUCGCCAUCCCUCCCUUCUCCCUUCCCAUCUCGCACACUUUUCACGCCCCCUUUCCAACCCGCACAUACACCCUUCCCUUCUUCCCUGUUUCCCCGUAUCCCCUGCGCUGCUUUCCCUCAUCCUCCGACUUGCUCCCCCCAUCCCCUUCCCUGCUUCCCCCCGUCCCCUCCCCUGCCUCCCCCCAUCCCCUUCCCUGCUUCCCCCCAUCUCCUUCCCUGCUUCCCCCCAUCCCCUUCCCUCCUUCCGCCCGUGCCCUCCCCUGCCUCCCCCCAUCCCCUUCCCUGCUUCCCCCCUUCCCCUUCCCUGCUUCCCCCCCGUCCCCUUCCCUCCUUCCCCGCGUCCCCUCCCCUGCCUCCCCCCAUCCCCUUCCCUGCUUCCCCCACCCCCUUCCCUGCUCCCCCCCAUCCCCUUCCCUGCUUUCCCCCUUCCCCUUCCCUGCUUCCCCCCAUCCCCUUCCCUCCUUCCCCCGUCCCCCUCCCAGCAUCCCCCCAUCCCCUUCCCUGCUCCCCCCCAUCCCCUUCCCUGCUCCCCCCCAUCCCCUUUCCUGCUUCCCCCCAUCUCCUUCCCUGCUUCCCCCCAUCGCCUUCCCUGCUCACCCUUGCUCCCUCUGUUUCACCCUUGCUCCCUCCCCUUCUUCUCUUCUCACUCUCUUCCCCCUUCCUCACUCUCUUUACUUUUGCUCACUCUGUUCCCCCCUGCUUCCUCUCUUCCCCUCCGUUCAAUCUGUCCCCCGCUGCUUCUUCUCUUCCCCUCUGCUCAUUCCGUUUACUGUCUUCCCCCCUUCACUCACCCCCAUACCCCCCAAUGCAGUUGCAGGUGCCCAGGACCAGAUAAAGGGGUGGGGCGGAAUGGGGUGGGGCAGAAAGGGGUGGGGCGGAAUGGGGUGGGGCGGAAAGGGGUGGGGCGGAAUGGGGUGGGGGCGGAACGGGGUGGGGCGGAAUGGGGUGAGGCGGAUUGGGGAGAUGAGGGAUGGGGAGAUGAGGGAUGAGGAGAUGAGGGAUGGGGAGGCGUGGGAUGGGGAGGAGAGGGUUGGGGAGGAGAGGGAUGGGGAGGUCAGGGAUGGGGAGAUGAGGGAUGGGGAGAUGAGGGAAGGGGAGAUGGGGAAUGGGGAGAUGAGGGAUGGGGAGAUGAGGAAUGGGGAGAUGAGGGAAGGGGAGAUGAGGAAUGGGGAGAUGAGGGAAGGGGAAAUGAACGUGUAUGCGACAGAAGGGUGCUGCUGGCCACUGGCGGUGGGCGACAGUGGCAGUGGGGGGAAGCGUGGGCGACGGUGGCGGUGGGGGGAAGCAUGGGCGACGGUGGCGGUGGGGGGAAGCGUGGGCGACGGUGGCGGUGGGGGGAAGCGUGGGCAACGGUGGCAGUGGGGGGAAGCGUGGGCGACGGUGGGGGGAAGCGUGGGCGACGGUGGGGGGAAGCGUGGGCGACGGUGGGAGGAAGCGUGGGUGACGGUGGGGGGGAGCGUGGGACAGAGUAACUCAGCCAUAUGA